AGAGAAAAAGAAGAGGAGAAAGGAAGGGAAGGAGCAAGAGUUUUUUCCUUACACAGGAAGAAGAUGGGGCCCCUUUUACUUCUAAUAAUUUGCCAGUGUGCCAUAAACAGUGUCAAAACACACAGUGUUUCAAAGCCCAAUAUAAUUUUACUGAUGGCUGAUGAUCUUGGUAUUGGAGACCUGGGAUGUUAUGGGAACAGAACCUUAAGGACCCCUAAUAUUGACAGGCUAGCAGAGGAAGGAGUGACACUUACUCAGCAUAUAGCAGCAUCUCCACUUUGUACUCCAAGCAGGGCAGCUUUCCUGACAGGGAGAUAUCCUAUAAGAUCAGGAAUGGCUGCCUUCUCACGAGUUGGUGUCUUCUUAUUUUCUGCUUCUUCUGGGGGACUUCCUUCUGAAGAAAUAACUUUUUCCAAACUCCUGAAGCAGAAAGGUUAUGCAACAGCUCUAAUAGGAAAGUGGCAUCUUGGGAUGAACUGUGAAAGCAGUAAUGACUUCUGUCACCACCCCCUCAGUCAUGGAUUUGAUUACUUUUAUGGCCUUCCCGUGACCAAUUUGAGAGACUGCAAGCCUGGCCAAGGCAGCGUGUUUUUAAAAGGGGUUCAGAAAGGCCUUGUCAUCCCAAUCCAAGUCACUGGAAUUGCCCUUGUGUCUUUGGCAAUCGUGCAGUACAUUGGCCUUCUCAAAGUACCCUUCCAAGCGUUGGGUUACUUCCUGUUAACAAUCACAAUUUCACUUGUGGUUUUGAUUUUUUUCUUCUAUCAUUUUCGACACCUAAACUGCUUUUUAAUGAGAAACCAUCAGAUUAUCCAGCAGCCACUGUCCUAUGAGAACCUUACUCAGAGGCUGACAAAAGAAGCCAUGCAAUUUAUUGAAAGGAACACUGAUACACCAUUUCUUCUUGUCCUGUCUUAUCUUCAUGUCCAUACUGCUCUAUAUGCUUCAGAAAAUUUCAAAGGAAAGAGCAAACAUGGUUUAUAUGGUGAUGCAGUGGAGGAAAUGGACUGGAGUGUAGGGCAUGUUCUGGAUGUGGUGGAGAAGCAUAAUCUGAGUGGCAAAACUCUUGUAUACUUUACAUCUGACCAAGGGGCUCAUGUUGAAGAAAUCUCCAGUGCUGGAGAAGUCCAUGGAGGAUACAAUGGCAUAUAUAAAGGUGGAAAAUCAACGAACUGGGAAGGAGGCAUUCGUGUGCCAGGUCUUCUCCGUUGGCCUGGAGUGGUACAGGCUGGUGCCUAUAUUGAUGAGCCAACAAGUAACAUGGAUAUCUUUCCUACCAUAGUUAAACUUGCAGAUGCACAGUUACCCUCUGACAGGGUUAUUGAUGGACAUGAUCUUCUACCUUUACUUCAAGGAAAGGUUACUCAAUCUAAGCAUGAAUUUCUCUUCCAUUACUGCAAUGCAUAUUUAAAUGCAGUGCGCUGGCAUCCAGGAAACAGUGAAUCUGUCUGGAAAGUCUUCUUCUUCACUCCAAACUUCAGUCCUGAGGACUCCAAUGGCUGCUAUGAUUCUCACGUUUGCUUCUGCCAUGGAGGAUUCAUUACACGACAUGAUCCCCCACUGCUCUUCGAUCUGUCCAGAGACCCCGAAGAGAAAGUCCCGCUGACUCCAGAAACCGAGAGCCGUUUCUACGAAAUCCUCAGGGUCGUACACCAAGCAGUAGACAACCACACCAGAUCCCUGCAUGCUGUUCCUAACCAGCUGUCAUGGGACAACCUUCUCUGGAAGCCAUGGCUCCAGCUCUGCUGCUCGUCUCUCUUUCAGUCUUGCUAUUGUGACUCUGAGUCAGGAGGGAGUUCACCGUAGGUGCAUAUGGGAUAAACAAGCUGCAAUUCCCUUUCAGAGACUGGACCAGCAGAGUGUGGGUGUCAGACUUGAACUUGUGGUACAAGGCUUCAGAAGGUUUUGUUGUGUUGGAGGAGGACCAGUCUCCAAAAACAUAUUGCAGUAGAAGAGAAUUUCAGUCAAGGAAAUGUGCCAAGAGAGGGAAGGCAAGACACACCUCUGACUUUUAUCACACAGCAUGAAGGACAUGUUGCCGUCCUCAUCUACACCUGGGUGGACUUGUAGGCAUUUUCUAUGGGAGGUAAUUUUCUAGACCUUCAGCUUGAGCUUUUUUCUUACACAGCAAAGAAUUUACCUUUCGGUUCUGUCAAUCACAACUACUUGAUGCACAUUUUCCUGUCCUCUUUACUAAGUGUUAUCCAUUAGUAGGACAUAGCACUGAGUAAUUGAAAACAGAGAGAUAAUAGUGGAGAGGUCCUCCUGUGACAGUCACUUGGUAACUGAUAGAUAGGUUAAGAGCCACCUUGCAACACAUCUCUGUCAACAACCAUGACAAAUAUAUAAGAAAUGACAGAUUGCCAACAGUCUAACUUUGAAUGUGCCAUAAAAAAUGCACAGAGCUAUGGUAUUGGACGACCUUUUGUCCAUAUUAAAAUGAUGCUCUCCAGCAUCCCUGCUGUCCUAUUGCAUACCUAUGGCAGCAACCUUUGUUUCAAAUGGUGCACCACUUCAAAUGCACCCAGCUGUGUGCUUGAGUGUGUACCAUAAGUCUUCAUAUAUAUAUCUCUGUGUGUGUGUGUGUGUAUACAUAUACAUAUAUAUAUGCGCAAGCUGAAUUCAUAACCCAUAAAUUCUUCAAUCCCUGAUAUAGGCACACCCUUAUGAUCAUAUUCCAACUGAUAUAAUAAGAGAUUUGGUCCAUACUUGAUAUUUGAG